AUGAGGGGGAUGCCCUUCAAUCUCCAGGGCAACGAGGUCCUUUGGAAGAGCACCGCCGCCGCCGUCCCUGGUUCCACUAACAGCGGCGACAGCGUGGGCACCGGGAAGAAGGAGAGGACAGAGCCCAGGUCGGUUCUGGAUCACAGGAGAAGCCCUAGCCCACCGACAUCCGCGUCCACCGGCGGUGGCUCUGCGGACUCCACCGGCGUGGCGGCGGUCUCCGACAAUCCCGGGAGGAAAUGGUCUCCGACAACCAGUUUGAUCACCGCCGCUGACGAAGCUCCGGGCCGGAGGGAUGAAUGGGCGGCGGCGGAGCUCUUGCCCAUCCCCACAGGGCUCGAAAUUGGGGCGCUGGACUGGGAGGCCAUGCUCUCCGAGCCGGCAGCGCCGCUGCCUGGAGACGACCAGGCCUCCUUCUUGAGGUGCAUCAUGGGGGAGGUCGAAGGCUUCUCCACCGGAGCUCCGAAGCAGCGCCACCACCGUCACCAGAUGCUGCUGCAGCAGACGGCGGUGGAGUUCCAGGUCGGUGGCGCCAACGCCGGCUGCGGCGGCGGCGGCGGCGGAGGAGCUGGGAUCGCUGUCGAUCCGGUGCUGGGUUUCGAGAAUUUACCAGGAAUGGGGUUGCCCGGUUCCAUGGCCGGCUACCCAUUUUCCUCUUCAGCUCCAUUCAGCUCAUUCGGGGGAGGAUUCCCCACCUCGAAGGGGGACGGCGAGAUUAGGGUUCAGCCGCCGGCGAACUCUGCUCACCUGAGAGUCCCCUGGUUCGGUGCGAAUACAAACCCUAGCCCCCUGUCAUCGCCAUCGCCAUCACCGGCGAGUAGCUUCCCCUUCCCUCUCUCUAUGCCGCCUGGCGGCGGCUUCUUCCCGGAGUCGGGCAUGGAGGAGAAGCUCCAUCUCUUCGACCCUGGUCUCCUUCUGAACCAGCAGCAGCUUCAGCAGCCGCCGCCGCCGCCGCCGUCGCUCCAGUGCGCCGCCUUCUUCCAGCCGUUGCAGCCGCCUUAUCAGCAAGAUAUGGAGAGCUCCCAAGGUCUUCCCGGGCACCGCAACUUCUUGCAGAUUCCCACGAAAUCGAGAACACCGCCGGCCGACGAGGCGGCGGCGGCGGAGGCGGCGCUGGUUGACCAGCUGUUCAAGGCGGCUGAGAUGGUAGAGGCCGGGAACUUUACUACUGCGCGUGGGAUAUUGGCGCGGCUCAAUCACCAGCUCUCCCCCAGCGGGAAGCCCCUCGUCAGAUCCACCUUCUACUGCAUGGAGGCCCUCCAUAGCAUCGUCGGUGGAGCCGCCGCCGCCGGGUCUUCUUCUCCGGCGCCGUCGCCAGCGCUGUCGACUCCCCUGGACUUCGUGCUCAAGCUGAGCGCCUACAAAUCCUUCUCGGAGGUGUCUCCGGUGCUGCAAUUCUCCAACUUCACCUGCGCACAAGCCCUCCUGGAGGAACUCAGCGGCUGUGAUCGCAUCCAUAUCGUUGACUUCGAGGUCGGAGUCGGCGGGCAGUGGUCGUCCUUCAUGCAGGAGCUCGCCCAGCGGCGGGACGGGGGCGGCGCCGUCGCCGCCCCACCGUCGCUGAGGAUAACGGCCUUCGCCUCCCCCGCCGCCGAUCACCCGCUCGAGCUUUCUCUCACCAGGGAGAACCUCUCCAACUUCGCCAGAGAACUCAACAUCCCCUUCGAAAUCAACAUCCGGAGCAUUGAGUCCGUUGACCCUGCGAGCUUCCUGGAGAUGGUUCGUGGGGACGAAGCGGUCGCCGUCAACCUACCGGCGAGCUUGGGCCCUUCUCUCUCCGCGCCGGCGGCGCUCCUCUGCCUGGUGAAGCAGCUGGCGCCGAGAAUCGUGGUCUCGGUGGACCACGGCGCCGCCGCCGCCGCCGCCGAGCUCCCGCUACCCCGCCGCCUCUUCCACGCGCUGCAGUCGGGCGCUGUCCUGCUGGAUUCCAUCGCCACCGCCGGCGUUGACCCGGACGCCAUGAACAAGAUGGAGCAGUACCUGGUGAAGCCUAGGAUACAGAGCGCCGUCGCGGGGAGGUACCGGGCGUCCGGCGGCGACUUCGCCGCCGCCGGCUUCUCGCCGGCGCCCUUCAGCAGCUUCGCCGAGAUGCAGGCGGAUUGCCUCGUCAAGAGGCUGAAGAUCAACGGCUUCCACGCCGAGAAGAAGCAGGCGGCGCUGUCUCUCUCCUGGCGGCGCGCAGAGCUCGUCUCCGUGUCGGCCUGGAGAUGCUGA